AUGCAAGCUCCUGUAGUGUAUAUGAACGCUUCCACUGAGAGACAAUCCGGUCGUCAGGCACAAAUUUCCAACAUAACUGCUGCCAAGGCCGUGUCAGACAUCAUCAGAACAUGUCUUGGACCGAAGGCAAUGCUUAAGAUGUUGUUGGAUCCAAUGGGUGGUAUCGUGCUUACCAACGAUGGACAUGCAAUUUUAAGGGAAAUUGACGUGGCACACCCAGCAGCCAAGUCGAUGAUUGAAUUGUCAAGAACCCAGGACGAAGAGGUCGGCGAUGGUACCACUACCGUUAUCAUCUUGGCAGGUGAGAUAUUGGCCCAGGCGUUCCCAUACGUUGAGAAGAACAACAUUCACCCCGUUAUAAUUAUCCAGGCUUUAAAGCAAGCACUUAGCGAUGCCUUGCAGAUCAUCCACGAAGUGUCCAAGCCUGUAGACAUUGAAAAUGACGCGGCCAUGGUUAAAUUGAUCAAGGCAUCUAUUGGUACUAAGUACAUAAAUAAGUGGUCCGCCAAGAUGUGUGAGUUGUCUCUCAAGGCUGUCAAGACCGUCGUCAUUGAUAAUGGUGGACACAAGGAGAUCGACGUCAAAAGAUACGUCAGGAUCGAGAAGAUCCCUGGUGGAGAAGUUGAAGACAGUGUAGUGCUUGAUGGUAUCUUAUUGAACAAGGAUGUCACCCACCCUAAGAUGAAGAGAAGAAUCGAAAACCCUAGAAUUGUGUUGUUGGAUUGUCCCUUAGAGUACAAGAAGGGAGAAUCUCAAACCAAUAUUGAAAUCACCAAGGAAGAAGACUGGAGUAGAAUCUUGGAGAUCGAAGAAGAGCAAGUUAAAGCCAUCUGUGAGCAAAUUCUCUCCCUCAAGCCAGACUUGGUUAUCACCGAAAAGGGUGUGAGUGACUUGGCUCAGCACUUUCUCUUGAAAGGUGGAGUUACUGCGUUAAGAAGAGUCAAGAAGUCUGACAAUAAUCGUAUUGCUAGAGCCACCGGUGCAACCAUUGUAAAUAGAAUUGAAGACUUGAAGGAAUCUGACAUUGGAACCAAGUGUGGAUUGUUCAAAGUUGAGUUGAUUGGAGACGAAUACUUCACAUAUUUGGUUGAGUGUGAGAAGCCACAAGCUUGUACCAUUCAGCUUAGAGGGCCAUCCAAGGAUAUCUUGAAUGAAAUCGAAAGAAACUUGCACGACGCCAUGGCUGUUACCAGAAACGUUAUGUUUGAACCAUCGUUAUCACCAGGUGGCGGUGCUACUGAAAUGGCCGUCAGUGUCAGAUUGGCUGAAAAGGCUAAAACCAUUGAAGGUGUUGCGCAAUGGCCAUACCAAUCCGUAGCUGAUGCCUUUGAGGUCAUACCAAGAACAUUGAUUCAAAACUGCGGUGGUAACCCUAUCAGAGUUUUGGCACAAUUGAGAGCUAAGCAUGCAAAGAGAGAUUACACAUUUGGUAUUGAUGGAGAUCUAGGUAAAGUUGUUGAUAUGAAUGACUAUGGAGUAUGGGAACCAGAAGUUAUCAAGCAACAAUCUGUCAAGACUGCCAUUGAGAGUGCUUGCUUGUUGUUAAGAGUUGAUGAUAUUGUCAGUGGUGUAAGACAACAACAGUAA